AUGGGCAAAUCAUCGUCCGAAAAACUUCCAACCGACGUAGUGUUCGACAUUAUAAGUCGAACAACGUCUUUGAAAACAUUGGACACAUGCAAGUCCGUGUGCAAAGAAUGGAAACAGCUUAUCUACGAAUCGAGUUUCAUGCCUCUUUACUGCCAAAAUACUAAAAACUUGUACGGAUAUUUCGUCCAAGACGUUCGAAAGUGCAACUACGUAUCAAUGUUUGUGUGCCUCGACAAUAACAAUAAUAGUAAUAAUAAUAAACUACCGGUUUUAAGGUUGCCUGAGAAUACGAGGAUAUUGGCUUCAUGCAAUCAAGGGAUUUUAUGUUGUCUGAAGAAAAGGGACUCUAGCGAUUAUCAGUACUGCGUCUGCAAACCGGCUACUCAACAAUGGCAAGAUUUGCCCAAACCUCGACUUGACGAUUACACUACCGUUUCGAUCGCAAUCAUGGUUCUCGGGUCGACUCCUCUGCGCUACAAGAUUGUCCGAUUAUCGCGGGAUGGCAUUAUUAAAGAGCCUAAGUACUGCACAUACUACUGCGAGAUAUUCGAUUCAGAAACACGGGCAUGGACGAAAAUACAAGACGUAAACUUGCCGUACCCCGAGUUAAUACGCGACUCAGCCCAACCUGUCUCGAUCAACAACUCGAUCCACUGGCUGACAAACGAUAACAACAUCCUUAAAUUUAGCCUAGUACAAGAAUCUUUUCAUAUAAUCACUUUGCCAGAACACUUGCACAACACCGACAACAACAGAUUACCGAACAAGUUGGUGGAGUACGAGGGAAGGCUAGGAUUGGUUUGCACUACCCAAGAAGAAGACAGCAACAACCAAGUUAACAUGGAACUAUGGUUAACCGACGAAGACAACGAGUCAAAGAUCAAUUGGAGGACCAAUUGUAAAAAGGUACUUAUAAACGACAUGGGUGAAAGAUACGCUAAUCCAGCUGGUAUCUACAAUGCUGGUAUUCUAUUCCUGAAGGCUGCUGACGAAGUCGUGUUUUACAAAAUUCAAGAUCGAAGUUUGAUCAAUAAGGUGAAGUUGGAUAAGCUUAGAGAUGCGCGCGAGGUUUUUCAGUUUAGGUCUGAUUUCGAUCGUGUUGAUUUUGGGAAGAGUUAA